UUCUAGUGAACUUGACGUCACUGUUGUCAAUUCAGUGUGCGCGGUUCAGAGAUGUCGGCGUUGCUAUACUUGGUAGCGGGAGCUGUGUCCUCUUAUGUCCUGAUAUACUACGGUGUGUUCAGAGGAGCUAGGUGCGCAAGUUCAGUGAAGCUAAAGGGGAAGACGGCCAUUGUAACAGGAAGCAACACUGGCAUUGGCAAAGCCACGGCUCUAGAUCUGGCAAAGAGAGGAGCCAGGGUGAUCCUUGCCUGCCGCAGCAAGGAGAAAGCGGAGGCUGCUGCUUUUGACAUCCGCAGAGAGAGUGGAAAUAAUCAGGUGGUGUUCAUGCAGUUGGAUUUGGCAAGUUUCAAGUCAGUUCGCAGCUUUGCUGAAAAUUUUCUGAAGACUGAACCCAGACUGGACAUCCUCAUCAACAAUGCAGGUGUAAUGAGUUCAGGACACACUGAGGAUGGUUUCGGCAUGACGUUCGGGGUAAACCACUUAGGUCACUUCCUGCUCACCAACCUUCUCCUGGAGCGCCUGCAGCAGUGUGGUCCCAGUCGCGUGGUCACUGUGGCUGCACUUCUGCACCGCUUUGGCAAUAUUGACUUCCCUCUGCUGUCUUCCAACAAGGACUUAGUGUCUGGUCAGUCUGCCUGGCACAACUUUCAAGCCUACUGCAACAGCAAGCUGUGUAAUGUACUCUUCAUCAGGGAGCUGGCCAACAGACUGGAGGGCACCAGUGUGACCUGCUACAGCCUUCACCCAGGAGUCAUCUACACAGAAUUGUGUCGCAGCAUGAGCCUGUGGCAGCAGCUCCUCAUAAUGCCCUUUGCCAAGCUCUUCUUCCUGGACCCCAAUGGGGGGUCUCAGACCACCCUGUACUGUGCCCUGCAGGAAGGCGUUGAGCCUUUCAGCGGACGCUACUUCUCUAACUGUGCGCUACAACAAGUGGGAGCCAAAGGACGAGAUGAUGCCCUGGCAAAGAAGCUGUGGGAAGUGAGCGAGCGGUUAACCAAUUUAUCUUAAGAGACAUACACCUAAUUAAGAAGCUCUGGGUACUGUAUGAAUACUCUGUGCCUUUUCAGGGACCUCAACAGGAUUCUUAUUCUUGCUCACUCUGUUUUAAGGGUUACUUUCUUAUAGUCUCAUACAUGUUUGUGUUAGUGGAUCUUGUGAAAAAUGACAGUGUUUCUGUUAUCACAAUCUUUCACUUUACAUAGACAAACAAAGUGAAAUGUUAAUCUAUAUUUGUACCAUCUACUAGUUUUAGAACUGUCAGUAACACAUUGUCAUUUCACAGCAAAAAGGUUCUCAGUUCAAACCCCUUCGUGGCUGAGCAAUUCUCACUGGAUUCUGUAUGGAGUUUGCAUUUUACCUCUGGAUAAUCCGGCUUCAUUAACCAUAGAUGUGAAUGACUGCUAGAUGAACUGACCAUGCCCAGAGUCCGCAUGAGCCCGCUCAGGAUGAGCGAUGAUAGAUAAUGGAUGGAUGGUCCUCUGUUCCCUCAAAGGCCAACCUACCCAAACACCAAAGAUGUAAACCUCAAAAUUGCUUGUUGUAAACAUUCAAAUUAUGAAAUUAGAUGUGGCCUUAAUGUGAGGUGUAUAUUCUGCUUUACAAGCUCAGUGUGUCAGUAGUAGUAAUUAUAGUAAUUCUAGAUACUGACAGACCGGAGUGGGAUAUCAAAUUUUACCAUCAGGUGUCACAUGUGGCUCAGCUGCUGUUGAGUAGGAAGUACUGAGAGCCCACGAAUGAGAGUAUAACGGAACCACAAUCAUCAGGACAACUUUUCUUCUUCUAAGACUAAACUUCAAAAUAAUAAAUAAAAUAAGACUUCAGCCUGGUGCAACUUGAGCAAAGAUGGCAGUAGUUAUAGUAGCAUCAGCAGCAUUAGCAUCAGGUUGCUUCCAUCCAGACCUCACAGACCUCUGCUCAAGAUGUUUCUCUUCAGUAUACAUAUAAAUAAAUCAUGUCUUGGCCCUUCCCUCUCAGUGCUAAAAAUGAUGACAGAGAAGUGAGACUGAAAACCUGUGAGUCUGUUUUAUUUUUCAGUGGAACUUUUUCACUACCAAAUACACUGCCUGGCCAAAAAAAAGUCGCCACCUGGAUUUAACUAAGCAAAGAGGUACGAGCCUCCUAUUGGAUAAUUACUGCAUGGGCGAUUAUCUUUCAGCUGGCAACAAGUUAUUUAACCCCAACUGAUGCAAUGAGUUGCUUCUCAUUUCUUAAACAACCAUUUUAAAAGACACAUCCCGUGGUUGUGGAAAAAGAUGUUACCGUAGUUUGUUUGAGAAGGGUCAAAUCAUUGGCAUGCAUCAAGCAGAGAAAACAUCUAAGGAGAUUGCAGAAACUACUAAAAUUGUCCAACGCAUUAUUAAAAACUGGAAGGAUAGUGGGAACCCAUCGUCUUCGAGGAAGAAAUGUGGCCGGAAAAAAAAUCCUGAAUGAUCGUGAUCGGCGAUCACUUAAAUGUUUGGUGAAAUCAGAUCAAAGAAAAAGAACAGUAGAACUCAGGACUAUGUAGUGAAAGUAAGAGCAUUUCCACGCGCACUAUGCGAAGGGAACUCAAAGGAUUGGGACUGAACAGCCGUGUAGCCUUAAGAAAACCACUAAUCAGUGAGGCUAACCGGAAAAAAAGGCUUCAAUUUGCUAGGGAGCAUAAAGAUUGGACUCUGGAGCAAUGGAAGAAGGUCAUGUGGUCUGAUGAGUCCAGAUUUACCCUGUUCCAGAGUGAUGGACGCAUCAGGGUAAGAAGAGAGGCAGAUGAAGUGAUGCACCCAUCAUGCCUAGUGCCUACUGUACCAGCCUGUGGGGGCAGUGCUAUGAUCUGGGGUUGCUGCAGUCGGUCAGGUGUAGAUUAAGCAACAGUAUGUGCUCAAAGAAUGAGGUCAGCUGACUACCUGAAUGUACUGAAUGACCAGGUUAUUCCAUCAAUUUUUUCUUCCCUGAUGGCACGGGCAUAUUCCAAGAUGACAAUGCCAGGAUUCAUCAGGCUCAAAUUGUGAAAGAGUGGUUCAGGGAGCAUGAGACAUCAUUUUCACAAAUGGAUUGGCCACCACAGAGUCCAGACCUUAACGCCAUUGAGAAUCUUUGGGAUGUGCUGAAGAAGGCUUUGCACAGCGGUCAGACUCUACCAUCAUCAAUGCCAGAUCUUAGUGAAAAAGUAAUGCAACACUGGAUGGAAAUAAAUCUUGUGACACUGCAGAAGCUUAUCGAAACAAUGCCACCGCGAAUGCGUGCUGUAAUCAAAGCUAAAGGCGGUCCAACGAAAUAUUAGAGUUAGAGACCUUUUUUUUUUUGGUGGCGACUGGUCAUAGCAGAAGGCCGUCUACACUGAGUCUGGUUCUGCUCGAGGUUUCUGCCUGUUAAAAGGAAGUUUUUCCUCGCCACUGUGGCCAAAUGCUUACUCAGUGUGGGGUUUUGCCCUGGGACCUGUUUCUCUCUGAUUCUCUUCUCUUUGGUUCUUUGUGGUGUUUACACACCUAUAAAGUGUCUUGAGAUAACUAUGUUUCUGUUUUCUAACGCAAUUGUUUCAAUGCCAAUGUUUAUUUUAUCAAUUUUGUAUUCGAUACCAAAUUUUAUUUCCAAUGCCAUUUGACUCCAUGGAUUCACUCUCUGGCUGAAGCCACCAUGCUGCACAUAGGUGAAUAACAUACUCAUUGAAAAUAAGCUUACCAGGCUUGAUGCCAGAAUCACACUAAUUGAAGUACUGCACAGGGAAUUCCAGGCUGUCUGCCAAAGGGUAGAAUAAGGAACAAAUAGGCACACUCACUGUGGAAAAUAAAUAACUACAACACUCUGUUACCACCCUGCUCACCUGUGUUGUCUUUGAAGACAAAACCAUGAAAGAAACUUACAAGCAAACAGCCUGAGAGACAACUGAGUUUUCGCCAGCAUUCCUGAACAAACACCUGACGCUCCUGAAAAACCACUGAAGUUCAGAACAGCCCCACAGCUGCAUAGACACAAAACACCUCCCUGCUGUCUCAUCGUGCUGGUGUUUAUAUUUCUAUAUUUACAUUGUGUGUACACCCUACAUCAAGUCACUGCAUCAUCAGGCAAACACACACACACACAGAUCCCACCAUUAAAUCAACAGACAUCACCUUGUUCUUUGACUUGACUUAUUAAUUUGCCUGUAUGCAAUGUUUUGUUUUGCUCUUAUUAUCCUGUUUAAGGACAAAAUUAAUGAAAUGAGAAAGAACAUAA